GCUAAGAACUAAUUGGACACCCUUGAAUGUUGUCGCGCGAUGUUUAGCUCCUACCGGAUUUGCGUUGGAGGUGGAAUAAACGAGCCGCUGAAAGAUCCCCAAUAAUCCCCCAGUUGUAAAUCACCUUGGGGUCCUAGGACAAAGGAAAUAAAAUAAAAUAAAUGCACGCUGGUUCUUGGAGAAAUCUUUGCACCAUUUUAUUGGUUUAAAACUUCAGUGGGAGCGCUGACGAGUUUUCAAGGCAGAGAAACCGAGAUGUCUCUUCAUCUUCUCCCUUCCAAAGCUCUCUCCACUUUCCUGCUUUUGCAUUUCCCAUUUCCCCCCACGCACCACAAAUGCAUUUCACACUCUACGGAUGCCCUGAGGGCCCGUGCGCGAGAGUCCAGCCUGGGAAAAACACACGUUGAGUUCCCACGGGUGGGGGGGAGUGGGGCUGGACCAGAAGAGAGUGCUCCCCUACAUGGCCUAUCUCCUUACCUAGACACCUCUCUAGGAUUUGGAAUGAGACUCUCUCCCUUUAACCCUUCGUCAAUCCCUCCAGGAAGCAAACAGGGCAGAGGCGUUAUUUCUCCUUCUCCCCUCUUGCAAAAGCCAGAAAGGAAGCAGCUAGGGGGCAGUUGCUCAAAGUGUGUGCUUCAUGCAGAAGUAGGAAGGAACUGCGAGGAGUGUAUCUAUCGUAUCCUGGCAACUCUGGAGUCAGAAGGUGGCAAAAUGAGACUCAUGCUUCAGUCUUGGCCUUCUCCGAUUUGUGGUGGAGCAGAAGCAGUUGCUGAAUGGCCAGAUCAGAGUCCAGUGACCUUUGAGGAGGUGGCCGUGCAUUUCACGGAGGAGGAGUGGGCUCUGCUGGAUCUGGACCAAAGGGCUCUGCACAGGGCAGUCAUGGAGGAGAACUACAGGAACGUGGCCUCUCUGGCAGAUUGGAGGUGGGCAAGAAAGAAUGAGGAAGAGCCCCACAGGGUGUCUGUGGGAAGUGGCAGAUGUCCAGAGGGUAAAGAGAAGAAACAGAAAACAGAAGCAAGACAAAAGCGGAGAAAUCAAUCCUUGGCUUCUCGGGGAGAUGGCUUUCGAGAAAAAGUAGAGAAAGAAAAGAAAUGGAAUAAGGGUGACAUGUGUGGGGAAAGCUUCACCCCUGAAUCGCUUCUUAAUGAACAGAAACUCAUCUACAUAGGAGAGAAAACAUAUAUUUGUUCAGUGUGUGGAAAGAACUUCAACCAGAGUGCAUACCUGAGGAGACAUCACAGAACCCACACAGGGGAGAAGCCAUAUAAAUGCUCCGAGUGUGGGAAGAGAUUUGGUCAGAGGAUCAACCUUACUACGCACCAAACCGUGCACACCUCAGAGAAGCCAUUUACGUGCUCGGUGUGUGGAAAGAGCUUCAGUCAAAGGAUCAACCUCACUACGCAUCAGAGACUGCACACCGCGGAGAAGCCAUUUAAGUGCUCCGAAUGUGGAAAGAGCUUUAAUCAGAGGAUCAACCUCACUGCGCACCAAAGAGUGCACACCGCAGCGAAGCCGUUCCAGUGCUCAGAAUGCAGAAAGAGCUUCAGCCGCAGCACGCACCUUAAGAGACAUGAAAGAAUCCACAACGGAGAGAAACCGUAUCGAUGUGCCGAAUGUGGAAAGAACUUCAGUCAAAAGAUCAACCUUACAACACAUCAGAGAGUGCACACAGCAGAGAAGCCGUUUGCAUGCUCAGUGUGUGGGAAGAGUUUCAGUCAGAGGAUCAACCUCACCACCCAUCAAAUAGUGCACACAGCGGAGAAACCCUAUCAGUGCUCAGAAUGUGGAAAGAGUUUCCGCAGUCGGGUGAGCUUUAAGGAACAUAAAGCAACCCAUACUGGAGAAUCCUGUGGAUCCCAGAGAUCCUGGCAUGUGAAAUAAAGUUCAGAUGGAUCAUGGAUCUUCACUUCGAAGGAUUCAUGCCUGGUUGAACGUAUAUAAGGAGUAUUAGACUAGAGCAGGGGUGUUCGGCUGCAGCCCUCCAGCUGUCUUUGGCCUACAACUCCCAUCAUCCCCGGCUAUUGGCCACAGUGACUGGGAAUUAUGGGAGCUGAAGGCCACAAAUAGCUGCAGGGUGUAGCUGCAGACUAGAGUUUCUCUGAGCCAUCAUGGCCAGGAAGUAACUGCACAGGGGAGUGACCAUACCAGUGUUCCAAAUAUGACAGACUUUCACAGCUUAUGUUCAACACACAUACAAACUGUCUACAGAUCUGUACACACAUACAGUUAUUCACAUAUUAUGUCAAAUGCACCUGUAGAAGUAUACUUCCGAUCUCUGUCGGCAUUUCAGAGGGCCCGCACCCAGGUUCACUUUGAAAAUGAACACACCUACAGUCAUUCACACAAAAACAAGUACAGUCAUCCCUCGCCAACCGCGUGGGUUGCAUUCCUGGAAACUCUUUUGGUUGGCCAAUUCGCAGUAGACGAGCCAUUGGUUUUAAUGGCAAAUGGGGUUAGGGGAAUCGUGGUUGUGAAGCGACUGAAAACGAGGUAAAAAUUUGAAAGACUCGCCCCCAGACCCCUGAAAAUCUUCCCCAAACUCCUGAAAAUUGACCCUGACCCCCGGAAAUGACUCUCUUACCCCAGAAA